AACGAGUGUUUCGCAACUGAAAACACCCGUUCAAAGUCGGUCGUCUGUAGCUUUGAACUUUAAUUAUCCUUAUUUUCUGUUAGAUGAUGCGGCUUCUUCUUUCUCGAGUGCUUCUGCUGUCGUGGUCGACGGAACGGAACAGAUCCUUGGCAGAGGUUGGGCACCUUGCAGCGUAGCAGAAGAUGUAGCAGACGACGUACUUGAAACAGAUGUUUUGAUGUUCCUUCCACAUUGUAGUGCCCAACAGUUUAUACUUGUUUUUUAUGUUUUUGGACCGACACAGCACAGUGUUAAUAAAGAAACCAGAGAUCUGUUUUGCACCAGUGCAACAUUUAGAUUCUGUCAAAUUGGAUUUCUGCUCUUGAAAGCGGGUUUCUUUGAAUAUAAACCAUGUCAAACGACAUGAAGAGUCGAAUUCUGGGUCUCGCUCGGAAAGCAAAGAUUUCUGAAAUGGAACAGACAUUACAGUCUGCUGGUGUUCACUGGAUUGAAUGUAGAUACCCUUCAGGUGACACUCCUUUGCAUGUGGCUGCUCAGAGUGGCAAUAUUCCUGUACUCAGGUAUCUCAGUGAAGUCUGCAAUUCUGAGACAAAUCAUGUUGACAUCACCAAUCUAGCUGGGAAAACAGCCUUACAUGAGGCAUGCCAAAACUCACAACCCGAGGCAGUAGCAUACCUUCUCAGCAAAGGUGCUAAUGCUCGUGCAAUAAAACAGGCAGACUGGACUCCUCUUAUGCUCGCUUGUACCAAGACAGGAAAAAAGGCCUUAGCCUGUUGUCAGCUCUUGCUGGAAAAUGGAGGUUCAGCCCUUUUGAGGGACAAAAAUAAGGAUGGAUGGAAUUCUAUACAUGUUGCAGUGAGAGAAGGUGAUACAUCUAUUGUGAAAUUGCUUCUUGAAGCUGACCCAGACUGUAAAGAAGUUACAAUGAGAAGUAACAAUGGGAGAACCCCCCUGCAUACAGCAGCCUUGCAUGGCUGCACUGAGGUUGUGAAACAGCUGUUGAACAUCAGUGCUGUAGAUUUAAAUUCAAAGGACUCUUGUGGGGCAACACCAGUUCACGAUGCUGUUCGAAGUGGAAAUGUUGAAACAUUUACAACACUUGUUACUGCUGGUGCUAAUUUAUCAUUAUUAAACAAAGAAGGAUAUGGGGUGCACCACAUGGCUGCCCAAGCUGGCCAGUGCCAAAUGCUUGAAACACUCUCAGGACUCAUCAAGUCGGAUGAUGGAUUGGGGUCUUUUAAAACAACUCCCCUUCACUGCGCUGUACGAGCAGGACAGAUUAAAUCGGUUGAAACUCUUUUGGCCAUGGGUGCCGACCCAACAAAGCUGGAUUCAUGGGGGCGCUCAUGUCAUGACAUUUUACCAGAAAGGAAUACUCCAGAAAUUAAGAGUAUGUUGGACAAUUUUCAGCAGAGAUAAAUGAUUGGUACAAUAUAAUGAAACAAAGAUUGAUAAUAAUGGUCAUAAUUUA